UAACUGCGGCCAUGGUGAUUUGCAAUUUGCAAUCUUUAUGACAACUAAUCGUUGCUUCGUAAACACAGAAGUGCAAUUCUUCAGAAUCAUUCUCGUUAAACAGAUGUUUGCAUCGCGCAUCAACAUGUGAAUUCUAUAAAAAUCGCGCCUUUCAAAUCAGGCAAGGCGAUGGUCUUUCUGAAAAUCUAUUUCCUAACAAAGACUGUUACAGUGACUGCUAAUUUCAUAUAAUCUGCCAAAUUCGUUGCAUAUCAAUCACUGAUCAUCACUCUUUAUGAAGAACAUUUUUUUUUUUCAGAUUUAAAUUCUCCUUUUUGUAAUAAAUAAUUAAUAAUUAUUGAACCCAGUUAGUAAAUCUCACAGUAAUCCCAAGUAAAUUCUAUAGUUUCAUUAAAUGAUAUUUGAAGAAAUUAUAUUAUUUGAUUUGGUAAAAUUAGGCAUGCAUAUGGUGUAUGCUACAUUAUCACUUGUAGGCGGUUUUCUUCGGAUGAGCAUAUCAUUAUCCUGCAUCGCAUUAUAUCACCAUGAGUGAAGAGUUCAGGAAAAUAGUAACCAGAUUUCAUCCCAUCCAUGGUGAGAAUAUUCUCCUGUGCGAAGAUAGCACAGUGGCAAUACGUACUACGAGUUUUGCCAACUCAGUAGCCUUCAGUGAAAAACCAUUGCAACCAGGAGAAAUCUUUCUUGUGGAAAUUGAGAAGACAGAGAGAGGAUGGAGUGGACAUAUGCGAUUAGGGCUUACAUUAAUUGAUCCUGCUUCAGUCAACAACAAUCUACCCCAAUAUGCGAUGCCUAAUUUAGUCAGAUUAGGCAACACAUGGAUUCUUGCUAUAACAAGAAAUCAAACUAUUUGGGAUAAUUUUGAUGGUGGUCUAUCAUCUACAUAUACUUCUCUUACUGGUAUACCACCAGGAAUACCAGCCAGAGAAAAGAAAUUGGUCACAGAUGGGGUCAAUGUGCAGACAUCACGCGGUGUCAUUCCAUUCAAUGCUCUAAAGCCAAACAUAGAUGGUUCCUCCCAAUGUAUUUUACCCACAGACGUUGGUAGUCGAAUUGGUAUCAUGUAUGUGCCACAAGCUGGUUGUCCUGAUAAAGCAGAGAUGCAUUUUAUCAUUAAUGGUGAAGAUCAAGGUGUAUGUGGGAAGGAUAUUCCUUACAAAGCAGGACCUUUGCGAGCAGUGGUGGAUGUCUAUGGUACCACAAAACAAGUUCGAAUAGUUCAAUUAUAUGGGGUAUCGACACUACAAAGUGCAUGCCGUGAUGCUAUAUUGCAAUAUACCAAGAGGAACGCAGUUAAUCUGCUUCCGCUACCGAGACUAUUGAAGGAUUAUUUAUUGUAUCAGUCACAGUGAGAAUCAGCUCACAUUCCACUUAUACAUACAUUUUUAUACAUAUGAAACACUUUUCAUUAAUUUUUUUUUUGUUUCCAGUGAUAUCAGUACAUAUCUCCAAUGUUCGAUAUGUAUAUGUUUUAUAUAUAUUAUA